AUGUGGAGAAUUUAUAGUGUAGAUACUACAUCUAAUAUAGUUGAUUAUACUUCAAAUUCUGAUGUUGCUCCUGAACGAAUAGAAAAUAGUUCUGAUAACACACCCGAUUCUGAUCCAAACCAGGAAAAGGAUAGCCGAUCUUUCACAUCUCCUAUUCCUAUAGGAACUUUAUCAUCGGAAGAGAAAGAAAUUAAUGAAUUUUUGGAAUUACAGGAAAAGGAGAGGGUUAGUAAUAUGACAAGAGAAAGAAAUAGGGAAAAGAAGAUUUGCCGAAGGCAACGAUUAGUACGAAAAACAUCUUCCUCUUUGAUAUACAAAAUGCAAUUUCUACUGAGAUAA